ACAGCCAAAUCCCCAACUCUUCCAACCGCUCCUCCGCUUAGCGUGCAGAUCUAACGAUCGCUCCGAUCCCAAGCACAACAACUUCUCCAAUUCCAAUCACCAGCCGAUCAGAUUUAUGCAGUCUUACUGCCGCGAGCGCCAGUCAUGCCGCGCGGCAGCAGCUUGGACCAGAGCUUGAGCGACGACGAGGGCUCGGCAGGUGUUGGGGCGGUUUGGGUUCGGCGUCGCUGGCAAUGUCCGGGAUGUCCGACUCCGCUGGGGGUGUGCGCGCGGGCGCGGAGCUGAUGGUGCAGCAGUUCCACCUCAAGGUGCUCCACGCCGUCCUCGCCGUGCGCACGCCGCGCCCGCACGCCUUCGCGGCGCCAGCGGCGGCGUCGUUCAGGCGGAGGGACAGGUGGUUCCAUCUCCCGCUCCACGACCCGCCGCCGCCGCCCGAGGCGGCUGACCGCCUGGACGAGCUGGUCCCCGGGGAGCCGCUGGUGGUGGACGUCCUCCUGAGCCCCGCCGGUAGUGUGGGAGCCCGAGGGGAGGUGGUGGAGAGGUGGACUGUGGCGUGCGAGCCCUGGCCGGACGCCGCGGGCGGCGAGGAGGUUGCCGUGAACCGGGCGUACAAGCACUGCUUCACGCUGCUCAGGUCCGUCUACGCCGUGCUCCGCGUCCUCCCGGCGUACCGCAUCUUCCGCCUCCUCUGCGCCAAUCCCUCCUACAACUACGAGAUGGGCCACCGCGUCGACACCUUCGCCGAGCCCUUCUCGCGCCCCCAGGAGGCCGCCAUGCGUUCCCAACGCUUUGUUCCCGUCGAAACCCAGCUCGGCCGCCUCGUCGUUUCCGUCCAGUACCUUCCCAGCCUCGCCGCCUUCAACCUCGAGAUCACCUCCCUUUCGCCCUCCAAGAUAAUCCCAGACUACGUCGGCAGCCCAGCCGCUGAGCCCAUGCGCGCCUUCCCGGCCUCGCUUACAGAAGCCACGGGCUCCGGCUUCCCACCAUCUAAUCAGCAGCAGCGCCCGCACAGCUGGGCUUCGCCUGUGUUCUGGUCGCACACGCCGGCACACCAGGCCAGGUUCUCGCCGCCUCCAGUGUUUUACGCGUCACCGACGCCAUCGCCUCCCCACUUUCCACCCCGUCUCAUGAGGUGGGAGUCUGCACCAAUGCCCAUACCACAGGUGAGCGAGAGGAGGAGCCCUGCACACCGCCAGAAUAUGCUACCACCACCUUCGACGAGAAGAGGAGACAUGAGGGCAGCAGGUGCUCUACAGUCUCCAUCUGAGAGUGGCCGGUUGAUUGGGAGGAUGGAGGAACUUCGGAUAGCUGAUCCAUAUGUGACCUCGUCACCCAGACAUAAGGGCAAGGACACUAAAGAUGGAUCUGGCAGAUUCUCUGCACUCUCCUCAUGCGAUUCACCACGGCAAGAUGAUCUGGAUGAUGUGGAUUACCAUUUCGACGUUGAUGAUGUUGAUACUCCAGUCUCCCAACCUCGGAGAAUUGAUGGGAAGGAAACAGGUGAUCAGGUUGGUUCAUCAUCCCAUAAAUCUCAAGACGCACAAGUAGGUUCUCUAGUCAACCUGCUGAGAAAUGCCAGCCCGCUGCGAAAUCCUAGCAAUUCAUCACAGAUAUCAAGGGCCGAGUCCAGCGAAGUAGCCUCAGCAAGCUCGGUCACGUCCCGCAGGACAUCUGACGCCCUUGAGGAGCUCCAGUCCUUCAAGGAGAUAAGGGAGCGACUGCUGUUCCGGAGCAGCGCAAAACAUCAAGAGCCACCAGGAAAACCAUAAGGCCAUUCUUUGUUUUGUUUCUCUUAACGUGAUCGCUGAUAGACUCCCAACCGGGAAACCAUAUGCACAGCGAACUAUAGUUGCUGUGUUCAUGUAUAUACGAGUGCUAAAGUUGAUGCUUUUGAUUGAAGAGAAGGCACCGGCUUCCAUUUAUUUCAGCGGAACAAUCACUCGUCGUUCUCAAGAGUGAUGGAGUGAUGCCGCUGUUGAUACUCUUUUGUAUAUGGGAAGCGAAACCGAUACACGUAGGUGGGAGCGAGGGAGCCUGUGAAUUGUGAUGGAUGAAAGCAGGUCUCAUUGUGUGCGUGUGUUUGUAAAUUAUGUAACUGCUGGAAAUCAAAUGUUCAUUAGACGUCAACCUUUGAAGAGUUGCUCGCACUUCGCAAGACUA